CGAAAACACAAUUAAUUACAAUUGUGCGUGCGCCGAUUUUUAUAAGUGCUAACUGAGAAGCAUCUUGCCAACAUUGUAAUGGUAUGUGAGUGUGGCUAUUUUUCGUGAACAGAACCUGGCUCCAGUAUGCCUCAAGCAGCUGCAGGCGGGUAUCCUAUAGUGGCCAUACACCGGCUUCAGAGAUUAUUUGGAAUCAGCAGAAAAUGUGCAAAAGUUAUUAUCAGGAGGCAAGAAGAAAAGAGAGACAAUGAAGAGGAUGAGAUUUUAUCAGUUCUUCAGCUUCUUAAGAAAUGGAAUUUGAACGUGGAGAACGUGACCCGUUUUCCGCAAGUCCUGAAGGGCACAACAAUGUCUCUCGAUCACCACAAGCACAUUCUGGAGGAAUGCGGAAUAAAAGUCGGCGUGUCCAGUUUGGCGGGGUACCUGCGGCUGAACCGAGCCUUCCUGUUCGCGCUGGAGAGCCACGGCGCCAUUCCUCCGGACCAUGACAUCGUUCAGACGCUCUGCGACUCGGUGGAGAUGACGUCAGCCGACGACAUCAGACACUCCCUGGGCAAUGUCAGCUCGCGGCCGCUGAUGGACGUGCGCCUGGCCGUGUUCCGGCGCUUCCUCUGCCAGAGACUGGACUGCGACGAGCAGACGGCCCGGGUGAUGGUGGAGCGCUACCCGCGCAACCGGCACAAGAGUCUGCGGCUUACCGCCGGCAUCCUUUGCCAGCUGGAGCAGCAGAACUUCAGCGCCGAGAAGAUCAUCCGGAACCCGUACUUGCUGAACACGCACCCGGAGCAGCUGGAAGCGCUGCUGAAGAACUGCCCGACCGUGGCCAGCACCGACAUCCGCGAGAUGAUACACCGUGUGCCGCGCAUCGCCUACAUGCCCUGGCACAACACUGUGCAAAUCAUCAGGUGCCUGAACGAGCACGGCUUCUCGGAGAAGAUGGUGAUGAACGGCGCCGAGUUGUUCUCGCUGUCGGCUGACACCGUUCGGCAGCGGCUCGCUCUGAUGUCCGAGAUACCGGAGCUGUGGGCGAUGCGGCACAACAAGAACUUCCUCAGCAUGGUGUUCUCCUUCCAACGCACGCUGGGCCGGCUUAACUACAUGCAAUCCAUCAACAUGCGCUGCGUCAGCGUGCAUAUGCUCAGCACGUUCUAUCCGAACUUUCGGCGCCACGUCAGCACGGGCGAGGACAACAGCGGCGGCGUCGACAUGGUCACCUACCUGAGCAAGCGGCUGGCGGCGCCGCGCGGCUCCAUCCGCCACCAGCUGCGUCUGCACCCGUUCUGGCGCUCGGUGCCGCUCGCCAGUGUGUCGCGGAGCACCGAGGCGCUGCUGGAGGCCGGCUUCUCGGCGGAGCAGGUGCGUCACGCGCUCCAGCUGUGCCUGUACCCGUGCAGCCGCGUACUGGCGGCGGUGCGCGCGGCGGCUGACGCUGGCUCCGUGCCUGAACCACACGUGCUGCAGCUGGCGCUGUACCUGCUGGAGCGUGACAGCCACUUCUCCGGCACGGGCGUGUUCGAGUUCGCGGCAGUGCAGCGGGGCGUCGGCGGCGAGCUGCCCGACGGCCCGGAAGACAUGGCUGAUCUCGACUAG